AUCCAAGUCUGAUAUCAAAACUAUCUCCUCCUAAUUUCUUCAUCACAUAACUUUUCUCACUCACACCCACAAAAUUUCCUAAAGAGCAACAAAAAACAGAAAGGGAGUGUGUAAUAAGUGACCUAGAAAAUGGCAUCUACUGCAUGCUUCUUACAUCACCAUGCAGCCAUCUCCAGCCCAGCUGCUGGUAGAGGCUCGGCCGCACAGCGAUACCAGGCCGUAAGCAUCAAGCCUAAUCAGAUCGUCUGCAAAGCUCAAAAGCAGGAUGAUAAUGAGGCCAAUGUUCUUAACAGUGGCGUCUCGAGGCGAUUGGCCCUUACUGUUCUCAUUGGUGCUGCUGCUGUUGGCUCUAAGGUUUCCCCUGCAGAUGCAGCCUAUGGAGAAGCUGCUAAUGUAUUCGGGAAGCCAAAGAAAAACACCGAAUUCAUGCCCUACAACGGAGAUGGAUUCAAGUUGUUGGUACCUUCAAAAUGGAACCCAAGCAAAGAGAAAGAGUUCCCUGGUCAAGUUUUGAGGUACGAGGACAACUUUGAUGCCACCAGCAAUUUAUCUGUCCUGGUUCAACCCACUGACAAGAAAUCCAUCACAGACUUCGGUUCCCCUGAAGAUUUCCUCUCCCAAGUGGAUUACUUGUUGGGUAAACAAGCCUACUUUGGAAAGACUGAUUCUGAGGGUGGUUUCGAUUCGGGUGUUGUUGCAAGUGCAAACGUCCUUGAAAGCAGCACCCCAGUAGUUGAUGGGAAGCAAUACUACAGCAUUACUGUGCUAACAAGAACAGCAGAUGGUGAUGAGGGUGGAAAACACCAAGUAAUUGCAGCGACUGUCAAGGACGGUAAGCUUUACAUCUGCAAGGCUCAAGCUGGAGACAAGAGAUGGUUCAAGGGUGCUAAGAAGUUUGUCGAGAGUGCUACCAGUUCUUUCAGUGUUGCUUAAAUGAUGUAACUGCUUCACACAUUUCUGUUGUAAAUCAACUUCUCUACUUAUUUUCGGCUUUCUAGUUUUAUGCCUAGGGAGAAGGUUCUAUAUCUAAACCACCGGAUUUUAUAAUUGCAAAUAGCAUAUAAUACCAUCUCCUCUCUUAGACCCCCCA